AAUCUUCAAGGAUCUUAUCAUAAAGAAAAUGCUCAACAAGUUAUUUCACAAAGAAAUCAAUUUGGAGUAGCAUUUUCUACUGCUAAAACAGCAAUUAAUAUUGCAUUAAAAACUGGAAGUGAUAAUGAGUUAGUGAAAUUAUUAAAGGACUUUAUAUUAACUAAGUAA